ACAAAUGUAAUGCUGCGUUAGCUGGGGAGGGCUCAUUAGGACGAAUGAAUGAACCGAAUCCGUUUGUCCCCCUUUUUUGAUGUAUUGUUUAUUGAAUCAAAAAUAAACACACAAUUAGACAUAAUUGAGUUCAAGAAUUGACAAGAGCAUAGAAGAUAAACAAAAAAAUAAGAUGUUUCUUCCCACUCAACUCCAGCUGUCCGACAUUCGUCAUACAUUUUGGGCACCAGGCGUCCGUAUAGCCUCUCCAGAAAAACAACACGCACUCAAUUUAGAUAUUCGGGUUUGAGUUCAUGGAAGUGAUAUCUGCACUUGUUUUUAAAACACACACCUCUAUGGAUCCUUUCGAUUUCGAUACCCGGAAACGAGGAUCAUAUGUCAUCAUAGUUGUCGGGUUGAAAAUCAUGUCCAGCUACGUUUGGAUUCCAUAAUAAUUUAUUCGGACCCUUAAUCGACAGAAGUCUUAUAGAGAGAAUUCAUCGUAUUACCGGUCGGAUUGUUGAUCACCUGAGUUGAGGAAUCUAUAGAGAAUUAUUCUACUCGUCUACUUCCGGACAGACAGGUAGAGGACGAUGGAAGACGGAGGCAGCUCCCCGCCUGAUCUGAUCAAGGACCAUGGAGAAACCAGUCAUGUUCUCACUCCCCUAGCCCCUGGCAGAGGAGUGCUGUUCCCUUCAUCGCUCCUUCCUCCCUGCUCUACCCUCCUCCCUCCAGUCAUCCCCCCUUCACAGGACGACCUGUGGCAGCUACCAGGAAGACUACGUAUAAACCCAUCUCUAUGGGACAAGGAGGACGUGGUCCACUGGCUGCACUGGGCUCAGAGGGAAUAUUCUCUCCUCAGAACUGAGAGAGGACGGUUUGAGAUGAACGGCAGAGCCCUCUGCCUCCUCACCAAGGAAGACUUCAGACGCCGCUGUCCUGACUCAGGUGAUGUACUGUACGAGCUCCUCUCUCUCUCUGUGUUUCCAGGUGAUGUACUGUACGAGCUCCUACAGUGUGUAAAGCAGCAGAGAAGGGAGGUCUCCACAGGCCACACAACUCCACCCAUCCUGACCCUCACCAAGCCCCCUCUCAGUCUCACCAAACUCCCCUCUACUAAAUACACCCAGCCACCCCAAACCAAUGGAAGCCAGGGUCCCCAACCGCUAGGAGCCAAUGGAUCAACACAUGUGUCGAAGUGUCAUCCCACAAUCCCUAGCUCCCAGGAGGAGGAGCCUCUCAACCUGUCCAAUCAGGAGAGGACUGAGAGAGAAGUCCCACCUAGAGAGGCCAACGGCAAGAUCCCAGACUGCAGGUUGCUGUGGGACUAUGUGUACCAGCUGUUGUCAGACCAGCGCUACCAGCCCUUCAUCCGCUGGGAGGACCAGGAGAGCCUGGUGUUCAGGGUGGUCGACCCCAACGGACUAGCUCGACUCUGGGGGAACCACAAGAACCGAGCCAACAUGACGUAUGAGAAGAUGUCUCGUGCUCUGAGACACUACUACAAACUCAACAUCAUCAAGAAAGAACCAGGACAGAAACUACUCUUCAGGUUCCUGAAGACCCCUCAGGAGAUCAAGCGACACAGAGUGGACCGCCUCGACUUAGCAGAUUCCCCUGAACACUCACCCUCACACUCACCCUCACACUCACCCCGGCGGGACAUCAGUGAGGAUGGUUUGGAGGUGUCCCCUGAAUACAGCGACCCAAGCUCUAACACCCUAAGCAUGACGGUAUGAACAUGGGUACUCCUGUGUUGAGAUUUAGAUGCACUAUUGUAAGUGGCUGUUCCACUGGAUGUCAUAAGGUGUAUGCACCAAUUUGUAAGUCGCUCUGGAUAAGAGUGUCUGCUAAAUGACUUAAAUGUAAAUGUAAAUUAAUUGACCCAUGGUAGAAAGGACAAUAGAGGAUAACAUGAGUUUCGUUCACAACUUCUUCAGGGUCACAAUAGUUACAUAGGCCUGCCUUCCUCUUCCAGGUCACCACUGUUAGGAGUCAAUGUUGUUCUUCACUAACACAGACCCCAGAGCAAAUCAGCGGGAGACAAAUAGAUUCAUUUGAAGAGGACAAAUCACAGAUGUUAUGCUGGGAGGUACAUGUUCAUUACCCCUGACCUCAGCUU